GUAUUCGUAAAGGUGGGAGGAGAAAGAGAGAAGGAGAAGGAGCUUGCAAAUCCCAUCUUGUCAGGUUCCUCCUUCUUCUUACUGUGGUUUUUCUCUCUUUCCCCUUGCGCAUCCAUCCAUCCAUCCAUACCUUACCUUUCUUUACCUUACGGAGUACUGGACUGGAGUAGGUGUGCUCUUUACCUUAACGACCUUGGCUUUUUCUUUUCCUUCUCCUUCUCUCUUACUCUCUCUUUUCCCUCUCUUCUUUACCCUCUUCCUACUCUCUCCCUCCCUCCCUCUCCUCUUCUAUCCUCCUCCUCAUCUGCUCACCCCAUCCAUCCAUCGUUCUCGCCACCCAAUCCCCAUAAAAUUUAA